CCCACCCCCGGUGGCAUAAUCCUUAUUAUUCAAAAAGUGAACUAUUCACAUGGAGGAAGCCUAAAAGGCCAUCAACUUGGUCUAAACAUUAUCAAAUUGCCCCCCCUUAAAAAUUAAAUUGCCCCCCUGUGGGGGUGGGCCCCAUGUUAGGGAUCACGGUGCUAGGAGAACCAUUCGGGGGAAGUUGUCCUCAGCCCUGUUCUCAGCUUAUCUGGAGAAUAGUGUUUGUGCUGGGAAGGUGCUGCCCGAUUCUUUUGACAGCUCUGUUAAUAAUUAAUCUCCCAGUCUGAUCUGUAUUUCCUUUGCAGAGUCAAUAAACGGAACUUUCUGUUGCUUCCAAUUAAAAAAACCCCAGAUGUACCACUGCAUCUACUCUGAAGCCUGCAUUUAUGCGUAGGAGUCGAACAGCCAUCUAGUUAAGUUCAGGAGCAUGCAAAUGGAUGAUUCAGUUUAAUAACUUCACUGCAAGGGUGGGGACUUAAUAUUGUAAGCAGGUCAUUCAAACAUUGCAAUCAGGUGCUGGCAAUAGGCUUUUUGGGGUUCCCCCAACAAUGGAUUUUUUCUGGGAAGUGUAACUCCAGAUUAAACAGGAGGAAAAUAUUAGGGAUGCACACUGGAUCUAGAUUGCCAGCUACACUGGUUUGAGAGACAACCCUGGAUCUGGUUUGCCCAGCCAGAUUGGUCCAGUGUGGUCGAAAAGUGGGGUGGUCAGCGAGGAGGCAGGCAGCUUGUGCAAGGUUUAAAGAGCAGCACAAGGGUGUUUACAAAAGGGCUUUUAAACAGCCCCACGCCACACUUUGCACACAAAGGAACAUCUGCAUGCCGCCAAACUGCACAGGGGAAGCAGCACUGAGUUGCUGGUGGCAGCCUCCUUGGUGAAGUGCCUUCAGGUUGGAGACUGAAUCCACUCAUUCAGACUGGCCAUUGGAUCUGUGGAGCAGAAGAUGACUUCCUCAUUCAAGCAACAACUUCUUCCUGAGCUCUGGUGCAUUCCUGUAUCCUUGCUGUCCUUUAGUCCUGACAGCUGUCUUGCUCCGGCUUCAUGACUACUAGCUUGUCCCAUACCUCCUGACUCAUGUCUAGCUCCCAGCCAUGGUCCAGCGCUGACAUCUAGAUGCCACAAGGCUGACAAGGAAAAGGCCAGAAGGACCUUCCAGGGGAGGAAGUUUCACAGUCUGGGUGCUGCAACCAAAGAAGUCCUGAUCCAUGUUUUCAGCAAUGAUGCUUCUGGUGGUGAUAGGAUGCAGAGCAGAUCCAAACACAGUGGACAGGUGGGAUCAUGUCGGAGAAGGUGGUUCCCAAAUGAUUUAGGACAGGGAUCAGGAAUUUAUGGUGCUCCAGCUCUUGCUAGGCCACAGCUCCCCUCGUUCCUGUCGGUUGGGGCUGGUGGGAGUUGUUGUCCAACAAGAUCUAGAGGACCACAAGUUUUCCCCAUCCUUUAUUUAAGGCAUUCGAAGUGCGCUUUGAAUUAGACCUGGAACCAGGCCAAGAGCCAAUGGAACUAAAAUGAUAAUAGAAGAACAUCCUCAAGAAAACAUCUGCCCUUGGCCCACAGCAUCCUGUAACUGCUUUCUGACUGUUCUUCAAAGGCAGUGUGCAUUCAGAUAGUCAAACCAAGCUGCAGGAUAGUGGCCAUGAAGGGGGCAGCUGGUGCCACCAGCUGAAAUGUUUAAGCAAUCAGGAUUUCAUUUGCUGCCUUAUUGGGGAGGAGGUUUGAGGGUCGGAUCGGAGUAAAGUUUUAAAUUGUUGCAAAGCUCCAUGUCUCAUGACGUCACAAGCACAUGCCAAUCUGAUCCCUGCACAUAUAACUUCAGCUGUCAACUAGGAGAACCAAUUUGCCCUGUAGAACGUGAAAGUGGUGAGUCUUAAUUCCCCUGGCCUACCCCCCACUAUUCCACCACGCAGCCCAAAACCUCCAAAUAAAAACCUGGCAACCCAAAGGCCUAUAUUGCUUAUCAGACUUCUAUAAAAACAACAAACCCCUGACAACACAAGAAAUACAGGACAAACUAGAAGACACCCAAAUACCCUGGCUAGCACAAAACCAAAUACAGGCUCUCCUAAACAACCCAAUAUGGCUAACCCAAACAAAACACCCACCCACUCCACUCACACAAGAAACCAAAGACCACCACAGCCAAACACAAAUGAACAAGUGCAUCCUAUGCCAACCCCCGACCUCUCUCACCAACAAAGGAGCACAAGCGAACCACAGAGAACCUGCACGACCAACGCUGACACUGAACCCCUACACAUACCAAGGAAAAUAGAAACAUUGGCACCCCACCCCACCCACCUACCUCUCCCCCCCUUUCUUCCUAAUGUCUUAACAGUCAAGUUUAAUGUGUAAAAAUGAUGCAUGGGAAAGAAUAUGAGAAUAUGAGACAUUGUACUACCUGUGUAAAAUCCUUAAUAAAAAUUAUAUAUAUAUAUAUUUUUAAAAAGUGGUGAGUCUUGUCUUUCCAGAGUUCAGCAAUCUCUUUCUGUCUCUUGUACAUCUCUAACUUUUUUCCUUAAAGAGAAGUCAUAUACCAAUUUUUCACUGUUGGUUUGGGUGAGAGGUACAAGAGAGAGCCCAUGAUAUUUCUCUUCCUAGGUUACCUCUUAUCCAUCACAAAGGAUGUAGCUACUUGGACUCUGGAAGAUUCCCAUAAGGACUAAACUGAGUGCACACACCUGCCCAAUCACAGGUGUGUGUGUGUGUGUGUGUGUGUGUGUGUUUAAAAUCAUCUGGAUUCCAACAGUCUCCAGUCAAAAUGUGGGGUCAGAUUUAUGUAAUGUUGGGUGUACUGGGUAAACUCUUGAGAGUUUUUGAGUGAUGUCUGCAUUUCCCUUGUCUUGUCAAUACAUUUUAAACAUUUUGCAUCUUGCUUUCCCAUGUCUGCAUGACAACCUGUUCUUUGAAAAUGAAAUAAUCAAAAGAUUGGCAUUAGAAAAAAAUCUAAUAACAAUUAACCUAAACACACACAGAGAGAAUGCAAAUUAAAUAGUGAAGAUGUGUGUAGUUGUGCCAGCAAAAUACUUGGAAUUGGAAAAGGCUUGGAAAACAAAAUCAUUUUACUUUGCUCCUAGAAACCUUUUGUAAUAGGCAACUAAUAAAGGAAAUUAUUGUUUGCAAUAGCAAUACUGUUGUGACGUGGGGUUCGUGAUUUCAGCUCUCUUGACAUAAUAUGCUGGAGACAGUUCUCUAGUAACACUUCUUUAUUAAAGCAAACAAGACUAAGCUCUGAGGAGAGGAAAACUACAUUUAUAGGGAUGGGGGACUAGCUAGAAAGGGAUACAUUUGGGAGGGAACAAUAUCAGGCAAUUACAGUGCUGCCUUUUAGAGGAAACCAAUAAGACAGAGGAUCCAAAUACAGCAGCUUAAAUGAACCAAUAGUAGCUGUACCUUCUGGAACCAAAAGGCAGUUACUUUACCCUAAUGCAAAUACAGACAAUAGCAAUACAGAUAUAAAAAUCCUUUGACUCAAUACACAACAAAUACCACUGUGUAUUUCUUAUUUUGUGAACUGGAGGUGGAUACAUCUGUCCAUUUCCAAUCUCAAGUUCAUUUCUCCACUUUUCCACAUCAGUUAGUAUUUUUAUAUAUAUAUUAAAAUAAACGCCAUCGUGGAAAUUCACCAGCAAAUGUCUCCUAAUAUACAGUGUUUUGGCAAAGCAAUUUUUCAGGGGGGUACUUAAAUGUACACAGUACCAGUACCUCUUUUUGUUGUUGUUAUAAAGUGUGGCACUUACUGUAGUAACUUCAUGGUGAGUACCGGCACCUAUUUUUCUAGAAAAUAAAAGCACUGAGUAGGUAGAACCUACUGAAUUGAAUUGUUCCUCCAUCCUUUGUAUGAACUGCCCCUAAGCUGCAGCAAGCACAAAGGAGAAACAUCUACACCCUUUCGCAUCAAGGGAGGUUCUUGUGCUUGAGGGUGGUUCAGAAUUUUCAACUCGGCUGUUUGCUUUAGCUCACGUACGAGAUAAAGAACAAUCCUGCUUAGUCUCAGUAGAGUUUCAGUUUUUGCACCAAAAGUGACAGCCUCCCAGCAGAAGAAUGGCUCUCACGGUGAUUUUCCUGACUUCCUCCAUCUCUUGCGGGCUGAUUCUCAUCUCACUCUUUGGCUGUGGGGUGUGUGUGGAGGUGACUGUACCACAAGAUCCAGUCAUGCAGCAGAGAGGUUCGAGUGUGGAGCUGCCAUGCCAUUACAAAACGUCUGUUGACAAAAACUUUGUGCUUGAAUGGAGGUUUGCCCCUGGCUCAACUCCUCCCGACCACGGGAAGCAGAUUCUCUACUUCACAAAUAACAAGCUGUACAAACCAGGCUCCCAGAGUGAACGGCUAAGCCUCCUUCAAGAUCCUCCCACGUUGGGUGAUGCUUCCAUCCAACUGACUGACUUGCACGCAUCCGAUGCUGGCACCUAUAUCUGCGAGGUGAACAAUCCCCCGGACUUCUAUGGAACCAGUGUUGGGCUCAUCCAGCUCACAGUUUUAAUGCCUCCAUCCACUCCAGUGUGCCAAGGGACCACUUCUGCUUCCGUGGGUUCGGACGCCCGCCUGACCUGCAAUUCUUCCGAAGGUGUUCCUUCGCCAACUUAUUCCUGGACACGGCUGGAUACCAAGACCCCACUACCACUGUACAAUAUGGUGCAAGAUGACAAAACAGGGAGUCUGUGGCUGAGAAACAUCUCACUCGCAUUCUCUGGGACGUAUCAAUGUCUUGCCUCCAACGAGUUUGGACAGCAGAAAUGCCAGCUCACCAUUCAUGUGACAGGCACUGCAGAAGCUGGAGCGAUUGCGGGAGCUGUCAUAGGGGUCCUCUUAGCGCUUCUGUUGCUCUGUGCAAUAGUCCUCUGGUUCUUACGCUUUAGGAAGCAGAAGGAGAAGAAGAAGAAGACCCAAUCCAUAUACAGCGGGAAUGAAAUCAGGGAAGAUGCCACAGCUCCAGGAAUCUCUGAGGCCUCUCUGCAGGGAGAAAGCCAGUCAGAAAAUCAUCUUCUGGAAAGCAUAUCUACCAGGCCUGCAUCUACUACCAGCACUACCAAAUCCCAGCUCAAGAAUUUUCUUGUCUAAGCUUGCUCUGUGACCAUGGGGUUGGUCUGUUGUCGCUUUACAUCAUUUCGUUUUGCUGCACAAAGAACAUUUCCUCUGAAGAUGUUUAGGACAUCCUUCAAAGGGUGUUCUAAACUGCCCCUAAUCUGCUUGCUGCAUUGUCAAAACUUGAAUUAGAUUUUUGAGAGCUCCUCCUGACUAGAGAUGGUGGAGAAAUUCUGUUCAGCUAGCAUUUCAGCCUACCUUGCUUUCACUUUCCAAAACAAUAUGCAAACAGAGACACAGCUAUCCUUUGAAAUUCUCAUGUCUCUGAAUUUUGCAAUGCCGUUCUCCAGCAAAGUAAUGUGUACAAAAAACGAAUAAACAAGGGUAAAGUACAUCUUUGUGAAAAACACAUAUGAAAAUGCAUCAUAUUGGGGGGGGGUAUUUUCUUGCAAAAAUGUGUCUACUAGGAAAAAAUUGCAAACAAAAAUAUGUAUAAUUCACACUAAAAUCCUGGUGAAUUUUCAUAAUAACUUCUAGCUACUUCCUUCAGGAGCUGUGGCUCAACUUCAGUUGCCCCCUUCUCCAAUCAGAGUUUUUAGUGUAGUUUACUAUGACUCCUCAAGCUUCCCUGCUAGGUAACACUGAACACUAGCUUUUCUGUGGACUUCCUACCCUUAGAAUUUAGCUCCUGUUGUGAAUUUUCACAGGACUUGGAGACAGUGACCAUACACCGCUGUGCAAUCUGCCGUAGCUUUCCAGCUGGACUACCUGACCUGUGCUCGAAAGUUGUUCGGAAAAUUCCUUUGGAACAUGGGAGCCAGGCUUAUUUUUAGUGUGAAAUGCGGGGAGCGUUUAAACUUUGAUUCUGUAUUUGUCCAUUUGUUUCCGGGUUCCUUCUGCAUCCCUUUUAGGGAACAACCUUUUUUUCACCCUGAGGGCUGCAUUUGCUUCUAGGCAACUUUCUGAGGACCACAUGCUGGUGGACGGAGCCAGAAUCAGAAGUGAGUGGAGCAAUAAAUGCUAAUAGACCAACCACCACCCUCUCUAUCCUCCAUACAGACCAACAAGAGGCAUUAUCAGAGUUCAAGGGCACAGUCUAGCCAGUCAAACACCUUCAAGGAGGGUGCAAAGCAGGGCCCUUAAAGAUGUAGCCACGGAGAGGGGGGUGUUAGCCUGGGGAUAAUUCCAAAGGCCACAUGGAGAGGCCCUUGGACCAAAGGUUUCCCAUCCCUGCUUUAUGGUCUUAGUCCAGGCUAUUUGAGAGAGUGCCUUCUCCCAUAAGUACCUCCCUGCUCUUGAAGAUGGGUCACUGAGACUCUGCUGGUGGUUCCCACAGUGUAUUUCACUGAUGAUGACUACCAAUCAGGCUUCUUCAAUUAUGGCUUUGGAACUGGAAACAGGUUCAACUUUGGAACUGGAAACAGGUUCAUGUUACAGAAUGCCAGAUAAUCCAGGAAUUUUCUCCUUUAGAGGAGACUGUUAACUUUUUUUUCUUUUCUUUUUUGUAUCCGUAGGCUAUUUACGGUCAGGUUCAUGUGUUAAUGCUCUUGGUUUGGUUUCUCUCAUUGUGUGUUUCCACCAUCAUUGUUCUGAUUCUGUAUUUCAUGUUGUUCUCUUUUUUAAAAAAAUCAUUUCCUUACCAUGAAGAUUGUUGCAUGAAGAGUAAGUUAACCAAGCCGCCCCCCCCCCCAAUAAAUAAUGAGUGUCUUGUUGUAUUAAGCCCCAUCUUUCUAAAA